AUGUGGUUCGCAUCUAUCUCCGAACCCAUCGUGGCCAGGAAGGACCAAACUUACAAUAUUUUCCCGACAGGCCAGCGCAGCUCUCCACAGCCUCCAGGGCUUAAUCACCAUGACGAUCCUUGCUUCAGGGUUGCCUCCAGCCCGUUCAGCCAGCCACCAGCGGGCUUAAACUCGGAGAGAGCAGGCCUACAGAUUCGAGGAAGAGCUGCUUCAACCUGUGAGGGUCUCUUGCAUCCUGUCCCGGGGCACGUAAACUUCAUGCUCUCUGGGGUCGAUCAGUCCCAGAUUGUUACUCUGCCCACUUCACCACUUCCUCUUGUUGGCACGAGAGACGGACGGAUAGCCGAGGCCACGGAGAUUACGCCCAGCGGACUUGAACCCUGUUCGUCUAUUGGCCAACAACAGCAAACUCUGCCUGUCCAAGCCGGAAGUGACCAGCGUGUGACUCGUGUUUUUGUUUGGGAUCUGGAUGAGACAAUCAUCAUUUUUAACUCACUGCUGACUGGACAAUAUGCCCAGAGAUUUGGAAAGGUGAAUUCAAAAGCCAUAUAUUAG